AUGACUCAACCCUCAGGCUCCUCUCAUCUCCAAGUCCCUCACUUCGAGCAAACAAAUCUAUCCCAACAAACCUUCGUCACCGCACCCGAGACCUCAGAAUAUAAUCAAAAUGUCUCAACCCCCCAAAACUCAUCUCUCGAUCCCAACUCUCCUCUCCGAAACCCCACAACGUCCAACGAAACCAUCCCCCUCCACCUCACCCCCCCAACUCGAUUUUCCUUCCCUCAACAAUCCUCCCGUUUCUCCGAAGACUUCUCCUCUUCCGAAUCCACCCACCACAACUCAAACCAGCAUUCCCGCUCCACCUUCCAAACCCUCACCAACACCCACUCUCGCCCCAAUAAUCAAGGCUACAACGAAUCCCAAGAAGAAAAAAGCGACACCGCAACCCGAACCACAACCUCUCCCCAACACAUCCAUUUCCGCUCCAUGACCUGGCUCCACUGCGCCUUCAUCAUGAUCGCCGAAACCAUCUCUCUCGGAAUCCUCGCUCUCCCCUCCGUCCUCUCAACCAUCGGUCUCGUUCCCGGUCUCAUCCUCAUUAUCAGCAUGGGGAUCCUAGCCUGGUAUUCCGGACUCCUGAUCCAUCGCUUCCGCACCGCCUAUCCCUCGAUACUUUCCUGGGCCGAUGCAUCAUUCGCAAGUAUAGGAACCGCGGUCAUCAUCACCAUGAUAUCCGUCGGCGUUCGAGCACCCACUGAAAAAACUUACUCGCUAUGGCCUAAGAAAGAUCUCUCUGUUCGCGAAGCCUUUUUGAGCGUAACGAAUAUCGUAUUCGCUUAUGCCGGCCACAUCGCCUUCUUCACCUUCAUCUCCGAACUGCGCACCCCCUCCGACUUCCCAAAGUCCCUCGCCACCCUGCAAACCAUCGAAAUAGCCCUCUACCUCCUCUCCUCCAUCCUCAUCUACAUCUACACCGGCUCCUCUAUUUCCUCUCCCGCCCUCCUCUCCGCCGGUCCUCUCCUCUCCAAAAUCGCGUUCGGAAUCGCUAUUCCCACGAUUGUGAUCGCGGGCGUGAUAUUUUGUCACGUGGGGUCGAAAUAUAUUUUUCUGCGCAUCUUUACCGGGACGCCGCAUGCGGAGACGAGGACAAAAAGAGGAUUGGUGGCGUGGUUAGGGAUUACCGGGGGAUUGUGGGUCCUGGCUUGGAUCAUUGGGGAGAGUGUGCCGGGGUUUAAUGAGUUGUUGGGGUUGGUGAGUAGUUUGUUUGCGAGCUGGUUUACGUAUGGUUUGCCCGGGGUGAUGGGGCUGUGGUUACAGUUGGGAAAUGGGAGAGGAGGAGGGAGAUGGGGGAGAUGGGGAGGAAUGCUGGUUAAUGGGUUGUUGGUGGGAGUGGGAGCGGUACUUUGUCGAAUGGGGGUUUGGGCUAGUGGGGUGGGGAUUAGGGAGACGAGUCAAAAGGGAGGAAGUUGGAGUUGUGGGUAG